AUGCUGUCUUUCAAGGGUGCAAUGCGACAUGGUUCUGCCGGGGACCUUAGAAGAACUAUAUUGCGCAUCGACGCGCCCAAUGUCGAGCACCUUUGCAUCAACGUCCCCACCGACGUCGUUCGCGCCAAGCUGCGCACCGUUCGCCUUCAAUCGGGUUUUGGUAACGACACCGAGGGUGCCGACUACGGGCACUUCCUCGAGGAGUGGCGUGAUACUCUCGAGGAGGUUCAGAUCGACCGGCUAGUGGGCGCAGGAUGGCGUUCGGACUUCUCAUGGCAAAGGAUAUUGUCCUCACUCAACCACGGAUCUGUGCAGAUAUUACGGCUGUUCGACACAGACGGCGUUACUCCCGAUGAGCUUCAUGGUCCGUGGCUAGAUCUUCCAGAUCUUCGCGUGUGUAUUACUGCCAGUCUCCUCAAGUUCAAAACCCCGCCAAGCCUCAUCCACGCAGAGGUCUGUGCGCGCACAUUUCAAGAGCUGCACCCCACUUUGGACGGUUACACGAGAGCUUCACUCUUGAACGUAGAGUUCACAGAGAGGACAGCCGUGUGUUCUCAUUCGCUCUUCACGGGAGAGAUGGAGUUCUACAGUCUACGAUCCCUCAUCGUCAGUUCUACGCUGGACGGCAGUGCUAUGGACUUGUUGGAUUCCGGGCGGUUUCCCCAGUUACUAAGCCUCGACGUUCAGACCAGGAUCACUGCCGAGAACGCAGAAGAGCGCGACUUCCACCAAUGCACGGAAGGGUUGCGGUUCAUUACCGGUGAUAAUGGUGGACUAUUUCGCCCUCUGGAACUCGCGGAGUCAGCCAAGCAACGCGGCCUUGGGCUGGAGCGUUCCUUUAUCAUUGAUCGACUUCGGCGCCGCCUUCAAAGUCUGCUAGACGGGCCUGCAGCGCUCAUAGUCAGGACUUCCGGUCAAGUCGGCAACAGAUCGCAAUGCGUCACGUUCUCACUCGUUGAUGAGAUCAUGCAGAGGUGUAUCGGGACGACGGCCGAACCAAGACAUGCUGGUCUUCAUCUUUCGACGCGCAUCGACGAACUAGACUGGUGCCGUUGUACUUUGCAUAAUGGGUACGACACGUCCGCUCUUCGCUGGCUCGCGGCGGUGGCGCUUCCCAACGUCAAUAGCAUCCGCAUGACGCUUGACCUCCGGGAACCGCGCGUUGAAAUGCCUUCAAGGAUGCGCCUUCGACGGCUCGAUACUCAUAGUUCUAUCUCCCCGGACACGGACUGGCGCGGCCCACGAUGUGGCUUUUGGACGCUGCUAGACGCCCUUGCACCCGUGCAUAAGAGUAGCGCUUCUGAGGCUCUUCUCAACAGUUUACGCAUGAUGCCAGGCAUCGAACGUCUGGAGAUACAAGUCGUUCGCUCCCGCAAUUAUACAGGCGUCAGCCUCCUUCGCGCUAUCAUAGAAGCAAAUCGUAGCGAUGACAACCUCUACACAGAUGCUCCGAUCCUCGCCGCGCUCUCCACGGUUGUCUUGAUGGCAUCGAGGGAUCACAAGUCGAUGCCCAUAGCGCACAACGGCAGCAAGCUAUGGGCAGAAAUCCUAGCCUUGGCGACGAUACGUCGCCGCUUGUCAGAUGCAGGGAGAUGCCCGGCAUUGUCUGUCAUUUUGUCGGGGAACUUCUGCGUGUGCAAGACUCCGCUUAGGGAUGCCGUACGCAUACGGGAACUGAAGGAGCUGGUUAGCGUGUCGAUCGUACCAAUAGCAGAAGGUUGUACACGGUGCGGGUACAGGAAUGGUUCGCAAUAG